CGCGUGGGUGCCGCGAGCUGGGACGCGCUGCUGGACAAGCAAGAGACUCUGACUUUUCAGACUGUUUCGCGCCGACGGCGCGGAAUUGGGCCUGCUCGACGAAAGCGGGGGUGGAACCCUUUUUUUCGCGUAGGCAGGGGCGGGGAGGAAGCUUGUCGCAGCCGCCCCCAGGUAAAUGGAGGAACCUGACAGUUGAGAGGAGGCGACCAAGGUGAAAUGGCGGCGGCAGUAUCAAUGGCGGCACAAUGAGGCGACGCCUGUAACCGGGUAAACUCCGGACUGUCCCACCUGGCAGGAGCUUGGCAGUGAUGUGAUUACCAUACACACCAUACAUGCAGAUAUAAUGGUGUCAGAAUGCAGUUCAGAAAACAUAUACGCAGAGAUCUCAGAAAUUAAUACAUAAGCUGUGCAGAAAAAUGCUAUGAACGAAACACUGGAUGAAUGAAUGAAAAGCUCUGCUUUUCAACCCCUCAACAUGGCAGGACUACAACUCAUGACCCCAGCUUCCUCUCCAAUGGGUCCUUUUUUUGGACUACCAUGGCAACAAGAAGCAAUUCAUGAUAACAUUUACACACCAAGAAAAUAUCAGGUGGAACUCCUGGAAGCAGCUCUGGAUCACAAUACUAUUGUCUGUUUGAACACUGGCUCAGGGAAGACUUUUAUUGCAGUACUACUCAUUAAAGAACUCUCUUAUCAGAUCCGGGAAGACUUCAAAAAAAAAGGAAAAAGAACAGUAUUUUUGGUUAAUUCCGCAAACCAAGUUGCUCAGCAAGUAUCAACUGUUAAGACACAUUCAGAUCUCAAAGUAGGAGACUAUUCAAGUGUGGAAAUAACAGAAGCAUGGACAAAAGAAAGAUGGAACCAGGAAUUUGCAAAGUAUCAGGUUCUGGUUAUGACCUGUCAGAUGGCUUUGAAUGUUUUAAAAAAUGAACAUUUAGCCCUCUCAAACAUUAAUCUCCUUAUUUUUGAUGAGUGUCAUCUUGCAAUCCAGGAUCAUCCUUAUAGAGAAAUUAUGAAGCUUUGUGAGAGUUGUCCAUCCUGUCCUCGAAUCUUGGGAUUAACCGCUUCCAUUUUAAAUGGAAAAUGUGAUCCGGCAGAGUUAGAGGAGAAGAUUCAAAAAUUGGAGAAAAUUUUAAAGAGCAGUGCUGAAACGGCAACUGAUUUAGUAGUUCUGGACAGAUAUACUUCUCAGCCAUGUGAGAUUGUGGUGGAUUGCGGACCAUAUUCUGACAAAAGCGGGCUCUAUGAAAGACUGUUAACAGAGCUGGAUGAUGCGCUUAGCUUUCUGAAUGAUUGCAACAUAUCUGUACAUUGUAGAGAGAGAGAUUCCAUCUUAAUUUCUAAGCAGAUACUGUCAGACUGUCAGGCAGUGUUGCUUGUUCUGGGACCGUGGUGUGCAGAUAAAGUAGCUGGGAUGAUGGUGAGAGAGCUACAGAAAUACAUUAAGCAUGAGCAAGAAGAGCUGCACAGGAAAUUUUUAUUGUUUACAGAUACUUUCCUAAGGAAAAUUCAUGCACUCUGUGAAGAGCACUUCUCACCUGCCUCACUUGACCUGAAAUUUGUAACCCCAAAAGUAAUAAAACUGCUUGAAAUUUUGCGCAAAUAUAAACCCUAUGAACGGCAACAAUUUGAAAGUGUUGAAUGGUAUAAUAAUAGGAAUCAAGAUAAUUAUGUAUCUUGGAGUGAUUCUGAAGAUGAUGAUGAGGAUGAAGAAAUUGAAGAGAAAGAGAAGACAGAGACUAACUUUCCUUCUCCCUUUACCAAUAUUCUGUGUGGAAUUAUUUUUGUGGAACGAAGAUACACUGCAGUUGUAUUAAACAGGUUGAUAAAAGAAGCUGGCAAACAAGACCCAGAGCUGGCUUACAUCAGCAGCAAUUUUAUAACUGGACAUGGCAUUGGAAAGAAUCAGCCCCGUAGCAAACAGAUGGAAAUAGAAUUCCGAAAACAGGAAGAGGUACUUAGAAAAUUUCGAGCACAUGAAACCAACUUGCUAAUUGCAACUAGUAUUGUAGAAGAGGGUGUUGACAUACCAAAAUGCAAUUUGGUGGUUCGUUUUGAUUUGCCCACAGAAUAUCGUUCCUAUGUGCAAUCCAAAGGAAGAGCCAGGGCACCAAUCUCAAACUAUAUCAUGUUAGCUGAUUCAGACAAAAUUAAAUGUUUUGAAGAAGAUCUUAAAACCUACAAAGCGAUUGAGAAGAUUCUGAGGAACAAAUGCUCAAAGUCUGUUGAUAUUAGUGAAACAGAAAACGAGCCUAUUAUAGAUGAUGAUGACAUCUUCCCACCAUAUGUGUUGAGGCCAGAAGAUGGUGGUCCAAGAGUCACAAUAAAUACUGCUAUUGGGCAUAUUAAUCGGUAUUGUGCUAGAUUACCAAGUGAUCCAUUUACUCAUCUGGCUCCUAAGUGUAAAACUAGAGAGCUUCUUGAUAACACAUUUUAUGCAACACUUUAUCUACCUAUCAAUUCUCCUCUUCGAGCAUCAAUAGUCGGUCCUCCAAUGAGUUGUGCGAGAUUAGCAGAAAGAGUUGUCGCUCUUAUUUGUUGUGAAAAAUUGCAUAAAAUUGGUGAGCUGGAUGAUCACUUGAUGCCUGUUGGAAAAGAAACAGUAAAAUAUGAGGAGGAACUUGAUUUGCAUGAUGAAGAAGAAACCAGUGUUCCAGGAAGGCCAGGUUCUACAAAACGAAGGCAGUGCUACCCUAAAGCUAUUCCAGAAUGUUUGAGGGACAGUUAUCCCAAACCUGAUCAACCCUGUUACCUUUAUGUAAUUGGUAUGGUCUUAACUACUCCUCUACCUGAUGAGCUCAACUUUAGAAGACGAAAGCUAUAUCCUCCCGAAGAUACUACAAGAUGUUUUGGAAUACUGACAGCCAAACCUAUACCUCAGAUUCCUCAUUUUCCUGUAUAUACCCGCUCAGGAGAAGUGACCAUAUCUAUUGAGUUAAAGAAAUCAAGUUUCACUUUGUCGUUACAAAUGCUUGAGUUAAUCACACGACUUCACCAAUAUAUAUUCUCUCACAUUCUUCGACUUGAAAAACCUGCACUAGAAUUCAGACCCACUGAUGCUGAUUCAGCCUAUUGUGUUCUACCUCUUAAUGUUGUUGAUGGCUCCAGCACUUUGGACAUUGAUUUUAAAUUUAUGGAAAAUAUUGAGAAAUCGGAAGCUCGUACUGGCAUUCCCAGUACACAAUAUACAAAAGAAACACCAUUCAUUUUUAAAUUAGAGGAUUAUCAGGAUGCAGUUAUCAUUCCAAGGUAUCGAAAUUUUGACCAGCCUCAUCGAUUCUAUGUUGCUGAUGUGUACACAGAUCUUACACCACUGAGCAAAUUUCCUUCACCAGAAUAUGAAACAUUUGCUGAAUAUUAUAAAACAAAGUACAACCUUGACCUGACCAAUCUCAACCAGCCAUUGCUGGAUGUGGACCACACAUCUUCAAGACUUAAUCUUUUGACGCCUCGGCAUUUGAAUCAGAAGGGGAAAGCUCUUCCAUUAAGCAGUGCAGAGAAACGGAAAGCCAAGUGGGAAAGUCUGCAAAAUAAGCAGAUCCUAGUUCCUGAACUCUGUGCUAUACAUCCUAUUCCAGCAUCACUGUGGAGAAAAGCAGUUUGUCUCCCUAGCAUCCUUUAUCGUCUUCACUGCCUUUUGACAGCCGAGGAACUCAGAUCUCAAACAGCUAUUGAUGCUGGUGUAGGAGUUAAGUCACUUCCUAUAGAUUUCAGAUACCCUAACCUGGACUUUGGAUGGAAAAAAUCUAUUGACAGCAAAUCCUUCAUCUCUGCUUCUAAUUCCUCUCUAGAAGAGAAUGAAAAUUAUUGUAAGCACAGUGCAAUUAUAGUCCCUGAAAAUGCUGCACAUCAAGGUGCUAUUAAAACCUCCUCCACAGAUAAGCAUGACCAAAUGUCUGUGAACUACAGAGCAUUGAUAGAGUCACCUAGCAAACUCCAAAAGGAUGUCUCAGUAGAACUGGCAACAACUAAUGGUGUUUCUUACAAUAAAAAACUUGCCAAUGGCAAUUGUGACAUACCUAACAGAGACGUUUGCCAAGAAAAUCAGCUAAAUUACUGCAGGCAAGAAAUACCUGUACAAUCAACUACCUCGUAUCCUAAACAAAAUUUAUAUAACAAUGAGAACCAGCUCAAGUUCAGCAAUGAAUGUACUCUGAGUAAUAAAUAUCUUGAUGGAAAUGCUAACAGAUCUACCUCAGAUGAUUGUUCCAAAAUGGCAAUGACCACCAGUGCUUCAGAAGGUUGCAAGCCUUCAGAAGAAAGCAUGGAUUCUGUAACAAGCUCUUCCGGUGGUUAUUCCUCAAAAACCCUUGGCCCAAACCCUGGUCUCAUUCUUCAGGCAUUGACUCUUUCAAAUGCUAGUGAUGGAUUUAAUCUGGAACGGCUUGAAAUGCUUGGUGAUUCAUUUUUAAAACAUGCCAUCACUACAUACUUGUUUUGCACUUACCCUGAUGCUCAUGAGGGACGCCUGUCAUAUAUGAGAAGCAAAAAAGUCAGCAAUUGUAACCUGUAUCGUCUUGGAAAAAAGAAAGGGCUUCCUAGUCGCAUGGUAGUGUCUAUAUUUGAUCCUCCUGUGAAUUGGCUUCCUCCUGGUUACAUAGUAAACCAAGACAAGAGUAAUGCAGACAAAUGGGGAAAAGAUGAAAUGACAAAAGAGGGCUUACUGUCUAAUGGAAAACACGAUUAUGAUGAUGAUGACGACGAUGAUUUAAUGUGGCGAGUACCCAAGGAAGAAACUGAGUUUGAAGAUGACUUUUUGGAAUAUGAUCAGGAGCAUAUCAAAUUUAUUGACAAUAUGUUAAUGGGUUCUGGAGCAUUUGUGAAGAAAAUAUCACUGUCUCCAUUUUCACCUGCUGAUAGCAGUUAUGAAUGGAAAGCACCCAAAAAAUCAUCUUUGACUAAUGUUCAAUUUUCAUCAGAUUUUGAUGAUUUUGACUAUAGUUCAUGGGAUGCAAUGUGCUACUUAGAUCCUAGCAAAGCUGUUGAAGAGGAUGAUUUUGUUGUAGGUUUCUGGAAUCCAUCAGAAGAAAACUGUGGUAUUGAUGCUGGAAAACAAUCUAUCUCAUAUGAUUUGCAUACAGAGCAGUGCAUUGCUGACAAAAGCAUUGCAGACUGUGUAGAAGCCCUUUUGGGAUGUUAUCUGACCAGCUGUGGGGAAAGAGCUGCCCAGCUUUUCCUGUGUUCAUUGGGUCUGAAAGUGCUUCCAGUUAUUAAAAAAACUGAGUGGGACAAUGUUCUUUGCUCUUACAGAGACCAUUUUAAUAACCAACAGAAGCAUUCUUCAGUAAACUGCAUUUCUGCCACUUUAGCUAAUCAAGAAACUUCUCACUAUAAAGACUUGGUAUAUGGCUGUUUAAAGAUUCCUCCAAGAUGUAUGUUUGAUCAUCCAGAUGCUGAGACAACCUUAAAUCACCUUAUAUCAGGCUUUGAAAACUUUGAGAAAAAGAUUAACUACAGUUUUAAGAACAAGGCUUAUCUACUUCAGGCAUUUACUCAUGCCUCGUAUCAUUACAACACCAUUACUGAUUGUUACCAGCGGUUAGAAUUUCUGGGAGAUGCAAUUUUGGACUACCUCAUAACUAAGCACCUUUACGAAGACCCACGACAGCACUCACCAGGGGUCCUAACAGACCUGAGAUCAGCUCUCGUUAACAACACCAUUUUUGCCUCACUGGCUGUAAAAUACGACUACCACAAAUAUUUCAAAGCUGUUUCUCCUGAGCUGUUUCAUGUUAUUGAUGAUUUUGUACAGUUCCAAAUGGAAAAGAAUGAAAUGCAAGGAAUGGAUUCUGAGCUCCGAAGAUCUGAAGAAGAUGAAGAAAAAGAAGAAGAUAUAGAAGUACCAAAGGCUAUGGGAGAUAUAUUUGAAUCCCUUGCUGGUGCAAUUUACAUGGAUAGUGAAAUGUCUCUGGAAAUGGUUUGGCAAGUGUACUAUCCAAUGAUGAGGCCAUUAAUAGAAAAAUUCUCUGCAAAUGUGCCCCGUUCACCAGUAAGAGAGCUGUUGGAAAUGGAGCCAGAGACAGCCAAAUUUAGUCCUGCCGAAAGAACUUAUGAUGGAAAGGUUAGAGUAACAGUGGAAGUUGUAGGAAAGGGAAAAUUCAAAGGUGUUGGAAGAAGCUAUCGGAUUGCCAAAUCAGCAGCAGCAAGAAGAGCUCUACGAAGCCUCAAAGCAAAUCAACCUCAGGUUCCGAAUAGCUGAGACAUC